UUAUACUGAACUAUAUGUUCUAUUAAUUGAGUGAUUUGGAUUGUAGAUGCAAGAUGUCAGUCUAUGUGCAAGAUUUGGAGGAAGGCGAGGAUCGCGUUGUCACAGACUCCGUCCAUGACAGAUUUCGACAAACGCGUGUUCGUUGUGACGAUUGCAACCGAGACAUUUCGGGAAACUGGGCUGCCAUAAGGAAGCACUUCGACGAUUCGCAUCCUUCUGAUAAACACUGCUGUUACUGCAAAGGCAAGGUUUUUACGUAUCGAACGAUCAUGACAACAGAUAAUAGUAGAGAAUCGUCAGAUAGUUUUGUAUAUCACAAAUGCAAGCACAAGGAACAGCUCCAAACGAACGCAUUGAAAGAACCUACAUAAAUACCAUAAUUUCUAGACACAAGAUCUGUGAAUUUGAUAUUUUAAAUAGAAAUGAGUGUACGUAGAAAUCCAUGACAGCUUAUACAAAGUAUAGUUCUUAGUAAUGAAAAAUGAGUCGAUUAAAAAAAACAAACAGAGAUUUUAUUAGAAUAUGUGUCACAAAAACUCUUGCCUAAAUCUAACAAAUGCUUGCAUAAUUAAUUGAUACCCAAGUAGAACACAGAAGUCAUGAGGACCUCAUUCAUCACUUAUAAGUCAAUUUUUAGGUAUCAAAUGACGUCAUGAUGACGUUCUGUGAUACCAUUAUGAUACAAUUAUGACUCCGUGUUCUACCUGGGUAAAAUAUCAAAAGAUAUGGUAAUGUCUUGCAUCAAGUACAAGCGACAGUUAUGAUAUUAUAUGCAUACAAUUCUUAUCUAUCAAUUAAUAUUCAGUGAUAAGAAACGUUUAAUUUUACAUCACGUGCAAUGCCAUUCAUAAUCUACCCCUGAUCUAUUGAUGUCUCUAUAAAGAAUAAACGUGAGACAUGUAUUUUGCAUAAAAAUAAAUCUACCUGUUAUAAAUGUAAAUAUUUUCUAUG